AUGCCUGCCUCUGUCCAAGCUUCGGGGCCUCAUUCCAUCGACGUCAUGGUGCCCAAGAAGCGUCAGCAGGGCUUCGACCCAGGUACCUCCGGUAGUUACUCUGCAGCCGGCGCCGGCCCGGGUCUCAACGUCUCUUCUGCCCUAGACUCGCAUUCAUCUACGGCAGCGCACACCAACAACUUCUUCGGUCCUUUUGGUACAAAUGGACUCCCCAGCAGCUUCAUCGACACCGACAUCUUACUCAACGACGACCUCUGGAAUCAGUUCUCUCCAGCGACCACCAACUCGUCCAACAACGGUGGCCAUCCGCCCUCUGACGGUCCAGAUCACAACCAACAGCAGAACACCGCCCUUGACGUCAACUCUCGCAACGACAGUACCAACGAGCGAGCCUUUGGCGAAUCCUAUGUCAACAUUCCACACACCAACUCGCUCAACAUGUUUGGCCUGCAAUCGCGCACCUUCGCUACCCUGCGUCCUACCUAUGAUGCGCUUAGUCGUUUGAACAAGGACGUUUCAUCCAUGGACGAUGGAGACUCGCCCGACGGCUCCAACGGCGAGACCACCUCUACUGUUGCCACUAGUGUACUUUCGCCAAGCUCGCUUGGCACCACCGUCGGAAGUCUGCCCAAAGGCUCAGGAGCUCGUCAUCAUCGUUCGACCAGCAAUGCUUCUUCCUCUCAAAGGUCCAAGACCACGCGCAGCUUGAGCCGAAGUCGCACCCGCAUCGCAGCUGGCGUUUCAGAACGACGCGGAGCAGAACGUUCGCCAUCACUCGAUCGAGGAGGUGUCGGCAAAGCUCCAUCCUCUCGGGCCCGAGUCAGCCGUAGAGCUACGGUCGGGCCUGCUGCGCUCGCUGGCAACUUACAGCCUCCCAACCAGUCCCUUCCUGCGCGAUCAUCCGUUUCCGGCAACCCUGGUACGCUUGCGUCCAGUUCGUCUAUGGGUAACUCAGCAAGUUUCCAAGCACAGACACAUCGCUGGAGUCUCUUUGGCACGGAUGGUUCCAGCAUGCAACUCAACUUGGCCGAUCAGCCCUCCUGGCACCAGCAGUCGCACGAUGGCCAGGGUCGACUGGGCACUCACUCGGCUUCUUCGUCCUUGCCGACAUCGCACAACUUUCACACGAGCAUGGCCCAUUUGAACCUACAGACUCCACCAGUCUCUUCGGCGAUGCACAACAUGUCGGGCAAGAUCGAGGACGAUGGCAACACGAAUCAGCGCUUCAACCCUUCCCUCUUCCCGCCUUACACGCAGGUGCAAAGCCAUUCCGGCUUGUCAGCAGUCGACGACCUGAGCGGUCAGCAGCACAACAUGCCCGAAGAUGCAAAUGCACGAUCCAGCGAGGCAUCAGAGAUCAGUGAAGCCAGAUCGACUCCAACCAGCAAGGCGAGUCGACCUAGCAAAGUUGCCUCACAUGCGUCUCGAGAGAAGAUCACCAAGGAUGUCAAAGCAGAGAACAGUAAGACCGAUCUCAAGACUGUCAGUCCAGAAGAGGCUCAACACGGUGAGGAUGACGACGAUGACGACGAUGACGACGACCAGCCCUCGGCAGGUAUAGGCGGCAAGAGCGAAGCGGAAGCUAAGAAGCUCGCCGAGAAGCGUCGCAAGCGUCGUGAAUCCCACAAUGCUGUCGAGCGUCGUCGAAGAGACAACAUCAACGAGAAGAUCACCGAGCUGGCCACACUCCUGCCGGAAGCAAUGCUUCUCGAUGCUAUCGCCACCUCCACUCAGGGCGGCAACAGUGGAACUUUUGCCCCUGCUUUGGCUGCUAAAGCUGCACUAGCGGCAGCCGCAGCAGCAGUAGCGAAAGGCGACACGAUGCCAGAUGGCAUGGAUGGCCACGCCAACUUGCACAAGUCUUCAACGGAGGCCUAUGCAGCCGCUUUGGCACCUGUCCAUGCUAACAGUGCGGCAUUGGCAGCGGCACAGGCUAAGCCGAACAAGGGCAUCAUUCUUCGCAAGAGCGUCGAGUAUAUCAGGCAUCUGCAGCAGUUCUUGGACAUGCAAAUGAGUCGCAUCAGCUUCCUUGAGGCUGAAUUGGCACGGCCACGCCAGGCACUGGCUGCCUCAGGAAUGCAGGCUCCACCCACGACAGACCCCCACCAAGGUCUCAGCAUGAUGCAUGCUUUCUUUGACCAGGGCAACACAGGCAACGGAGAAGGUACAGACAUGUUUGGCAAUCCGAUGCAGCAGCAACAACAGCAGCAGCAGCAACAGCAACAAGGCCAGCAGCAACAACAGCAACACCUGCAUCACCAACAGCAUGCUCAGCAGCAGCAGCAGCAGCAGCAGCAACACCAACCACCUCCUCAAGACUUCAGCGCCAUGAACCUGCUGAGUCUGGGCAUGCCCAUGGAUCAACAGCCUCCUCAACAAGCACAACCCCAGCAACAUCAGCAGCAGAUGGCCAUGCGCCAGGGAGGCAUGCCUAUGUCGCACUCGAAUUUGGGCUCCCACGAUGCAUCUGCAAGCGGUGCUCCUGCACUCGCCGCAUGGCUCGAAGGCUUCGAUCAGCGUACCGGUCUUCCACGCCGCUCGUCUGUCGAUCCGAUUGAAGAAGAAGAGCAUGAGAGCGGAGAAGAGGACAAAGAGCUCAGCCCGCGUGGGCGCAGUCAAAGCUCGAGACUCUCGCACGAUGCUCAUGAUGAACACUGGCGUGGUCGAUCUCGCCACAAGGUGGGACGUGGCGGCGGUGCUGGAGGUAGGGUACAGGAAGGUAGCUGGCCGGAGUUACAACCGUCGGAAGCGCAGUCACCAAUGCAGUUGGUUUCUGGUGAGGAGCAUCAGACUACGACUGCUUCGUUCUCGGAUUUGGGCGAGAUGAAGCUUGAUCUUUGA